CACUUUGCUCGUUUUGCAUUGUUUCAGAACUCCGAAAUAUCGCUGUUUGAGACCAAUAUUCGUUUCAUGGGAAGUCUACUCGCCUGUUACGCUCUCACGGGGGAUGUAAUGUUCCGGGAUAAAGCGGCGCAGCUCGGCGAACGGAUGCUGCCUGCCUUCCAGACGGAAACCGGAAUUCCUCAUUCCCUCAUCAACCUUCAUACUGGGGCGAGUAAGAAUUAUGGUUGGGCAAGCAGUGGCUGCAGUAUUUUAUCCGAAAUCGGAACCAUGCAUCUUGAGUUCACCUACUUGAGUGAUAUAACGAAUAAUCCAGUGUUUAAGAGCAAAGUCGAAAACGUGAGAAAGGUCCUGAAGAGUCUGGAUAAACCAAAAGGUCUAUAUCCAAACUACAUUCAUCCGAGAACAGGAAAAUGGGGUCAACAUCAUAUGUCGCUCGGUGGACUCGGUGACAGUUUCUAUGAAUAUCUGCUGAAGGCCUGGAUUCAGUCAGGCAAGGAGGAUGUCGAGGCACGCGAAAUGUAUGAUGAUGCUAUAGCAGCCAUAACCGAGUAUAUGAUCAAAACAUCUCCUGGCAAACUUGUAUAUGUGUCGGAUUUAAAAUACGAUAGGCUUGAACAUAAAAUGGGACACUUAGCUUGCUUUGCCGGCGGUAUGUUUGCUCUGGGCGCGAAAACUCUGAAAAACGAAUUGUCUGAUAAAUACAUGAAUAUCGCCGCCGGUCUGACCAACACGUGUCACGAGUCCUAUGACAGAAGUGCUACAAAACUUGGUCCGGAAGCUUUCCAUUUUAUUGAGGGUAACGAGGCCAGAAGCUUGAAAAAUGGCGAGAAAUAUUAUAUUUUGCGACCUGAGACCUUUGAAUCGUACUUCGUGAUGUGGCGACUAACAAAAGAUCCGAAGUAUCGCGAAUGGGGUUGGGAGGCAGUUCAAGCACUGGAAAAACAUUGCCGAGUUCCUGGAGGAUUCACGGGACUUAAUAAUGUUUACCUGGUCGACUCGGCGAAAGACGAUGUUCAACAAAGUUAUUUCUUCGCUGAGACAUUGAAGUAUCUCUAUUUGCUAUUUAGUGACGAUGAUCUCAUAAGCCUGGACGAUUGGGUAUUCAACUCCGAGGCUCAUGUGCUUCCUAUCAAAGGCAGUCCUCUAUAUCGUCCAGCUCCUGCUUUAUAAACCGGACAAGUUCACGACAGUUUGAGCGAUACUGAUAAUUUUCGUUCGGUAGUGAUGAAACGCGAUACAUAAUAUGACGAUGACACAGUGUAUCACAAUUACAUAGCGACCGAGAAUAUUUACUUUGUAUUACGAAGCGACUUUCUCGUCUUUGUUGUAUAUAAUAUUAUGUAGAUUGUGAGAGAGAAAAUUUUAUAUAUCGCGACAAAGCAACAAUACAACUGCAUCGAUAUUUAUUUUUUCUUUCUAUAUUUACGUUAUCUCAAGAAAUUGUUUACUUGAUAGGUUUAAUUACAAAAUUAAAAAUAAUUAUUUAUAUAAUUUCCGUAUAUGUCUUACUCUCCUAUAAUACGAAUAUCCAAUUUUUAUUAUAUAACACAAUUGAAUCGCGUAUUAAUGAAGGUGAAGGAGAAUUAGUCUGUCCUUCAAUUUAAUAUCGAGCGAUGUACACAUACUUUAAUUAACAUAAUUAUUUUAGAUAAACAAAAGAGAGAAAGUGUGUGAGAGAAAGAGAAAACGCGAGGAGAAUGAAAGUGAGAAGAACAGACUAGAAAUGUUAACGAACGUUAUUUAAGCUACACGUUUGUAAAUAGCGAAAAUAAAGAGAGCAAGAGUGAAAAAAUGAACGAAAGAGCUAUUAAAAUAGGAGAAAAUGUUGCAAGAGUAUGAAUGCUUCGCCAAUAUUCUUUUCCAGUUACAAUGCAAAGCGGUCUCUCUACCAACACUUAAGCAUUUGAAACGUUGUAGCUGUAUGCCGUAAUAUUUUUAACGUUCUCUAAAAAUCAUGAGUUGGUGCAGAUUUACCCGCGUUUCUUUUUUUUUGUCGUCAAUUGCUUUGAAAAAAUAUUCUGCCCGAAAUACAUAAAGAAGCAUUACUAAGACUGCGAAUUUUAAUCACAAUAUAUUUUAGAAAAAAACUACAAUGAUAUUAAAUUAAUAAACCAAAUUGUUGAUAAUGUUCUCUUAGUAUAAUAUAUUGCAAAUAUUUCUGUCAAUGUUUUUUCAACAAUUAAACUUUGAUAAGUUUUAUUAUUGCGUACAUACACGAA